AUGGACCUGAAAGAGAUACCGCGGGAGAGCACCUCCUCCACGGUCGAAGAUGUCGGGGCGGAGAAAGUGCGCGUCCAGCAUGCUCAAAUUGUGAUGCCCGAAAACCUCAUGGGCCUCAAUGAAGCCGAACUCAAGAAGCUCGGUCGAAAGGCUACCAUCAAACUGGACUGUAUCAUCAUGCCAUGCGUGACCCUGAUGUACAUUCUCAACUAUCUGGACCGACAGAACAUCGCCAGUGCAAAGUUGGCCGACAUCACCCAAGACCUUGACCUUUCGGGUGUAGAAUAUCAGACAUCGGUGUCGAUCCUGUUCGCCGGAUAUAUCUUGAUGCAGGUCCCAUCCAACAUUGUUGUCGGAAAGAUCCAGUAUCCGGCCGUUUAUAUCUGUCUUGCCAUGGCGACAUGGGGUUUGAUCUCGGCUCUGAUGGCAGUGGUGCAGGGAUUCGGAGGACUUCUGGCAUGUCGGUUCAUGCUCGGGUUCGUCGAGGCGGUGUUUUUCCCCGGAGCAUUGUACUUUCUGUCCAUGUUUUAUUCGAGACAGCAAUUCGCCCUUCGCACGGCCAUUCUCUACUCCGGAUCUCAGCUGGGCAAUGCAUUUGGCGGGCUUUUUGCCAUUGGUAUUUUGGAAUUGGACGGAAGAAGAGGUCUUGAAGGAUGGCGCUGGCUCUUCCUGAUCGAGGGCGCCAUCACAAUCUUCCUGGCCAUUGUGUUUGCUUUUAUCCUGCCCAACUCCAUCCACAAGCUCCGUGGAUUUAGCUCACAAGAAAAAGCCUGGGUGGCAUGGAACUUUGAGUCUGAUCUCGGGCAACAAGACGACUCGAAAGAAGCCGGCGGUCGCAAGGGUCUAAUGUUGGCCCUGAUGGACCCCAAGAUGUGGAUGUUCAUGGCUCUUCUCACUGUCAUCUACAUCUCGGCUGCGGUCAACAACUUCUUCCCCUCUGUGGUCGGCGGACUGGGUUACUCUCGAAACAAGACGUACGGACUAACGGCGCCUCCGUUUGUUCUGUGCGUGUUCUGCAUGUUGCUCAACGGAUUCCAUUCGGACAAGAAGCAAGAACGGUACUUGCAUAUUGUCUGUCCAUUGGCCAUUACCGUGGUGGCCAAUGUGAUUGCCGUGUCGACGUUGAAUAUCGCCGCUCGAUAUGUCGCCAUGAUGCUCAUGCCGGGGUCGUUCUACGCAGCCUCGGUCGUCGUGCUCUCCUGGAUUACUGGCAGUUUGUCCCAGCCCGCGGUGAAACGGGCCGCGGCCAUCGCCACGAUCAAUGCGGUCGCCAACACGCCCAACAUCUGGACGUCGUACCUUUAUCGCUCGUCUCCGCGAUAUAUUCUAGCGUUUGCCGUCAACCUGGCCGCUGCGGUACUGGCCAUUGUCAUCGCCACCGUCAUCAGGAUCUACUUGCGGCGACUGAAUGUGAAACUGGACCGCGGCGAGGACGUUGGCAGGAGUGGUCCGACGGAGGCUCAAAGACAGGCAGGGUUCAGGUACACAUUGUAA